GCGCUGAGCCUGUCUCGGCACGGCACGGCACGGCGGUCAUGUCGCGGGGCCCCGUGGCGGCGGUGCGGCUGCUGGCGCUGCUGAUCUGUUUGAAUUAUGGACAUGGGCUCUAUGUGAAGGUUUAUAAUCGAAAUGACAGGAGUGGCCUGCUGUCUCAUCCCAGCAGCCUAGUCAGACAGAAGCGAGAAUGGACAGUCCCUCCAGCUUUCAUACGGGAGGAGGAGGACAAUUUCUAUAAGAAUCCAAUUGCUAGAAUACAUUCAGAUCUUGAAGAUACAGGAAUAGUAGUAACAUACACUAUAUCUGGUCAAGGAGUAACAGAACCCCCAUAUGGAUUAUUUGUUAUCAAUGGAAAGACUGGUGACCUGAACAUAACAGGAAGGGUGGACAGAGAAAAGACUCCAAUUCUUCUUGUCCGAGGCCACGCACUAGAUAAAAAUGGGGCAAAACUGGAAGAGCCAAUAGACCUCCCAAUUAAAGUUGUGGACAUAAAUGACAAUUUUCCAGUGUUUUCACAUGAAGUUUUUGUUGGUUCAAUUGAAGAAUUGAGUGAAACAGGUACAAUUGUAAUGAGGAUAAAUGCAACAGAUGCAGAUGAACCAAAUAAUCUAAAUUCCAAAAUUGCUUUCAGGAUUGUUUCCCAAAGCCCUAGCACUCCAUUCAUCAUAGAUAAGAAUACUGGCGAGGUUCGAGUAGCAAAAAUAAACCUUGACAGAGAGACACAAAGUAGCUACUCUUUGGUGGUAGAAGCAAAGGACCGUGGUGGUGAAAAGGAUGGGAAUGCUGCAACAUGUUCUUUAGAAAUCAAGAUUCUGGAUGUCAAUGACAAUCUGCCUGUUGUUGAAAGUCGUACAUUUGAAGGAAGCAUUGAAGAAAACAGAGCAAAUGUGGAAAUAAUGCGAAUAAAAGUAUUUGACAAAGAUGAAGAGUUUUCUGAUAAUUGGCUGGCAAACUUUACAUUUGUUUCUGGCAAUGAAGGUGGUUUUUUCAAAAUUGUAACAGAUACCCAAACAAAUGAAGGAAUUUUGACUGUUGUGAAGGAGCUGGAUUAUGAAAAAAUGCAAAGCCUAAACUUAGGCAUUGUUGUUACAAACAAAGCAGAGUUCCACAAGUCCAUUAAAUCCAGUUACAAAGCAGAAACAAUUCCAAUCAAAAUUAAGGUGAUCAAUGUGAAGGAAGGCCCUGUGUUCCCUGGUGGCACAAAAAUCAUUGAAGCAAGUGAGAAACUGCAGAUAAAGCAGGUUAUUGGACAGUAUCAAGCCUACGAUGAAGACACUGGAAAAAUAGCAGAGCACAUUACAUACAUGAAAGGAAAAGAUGCAGCAAACUGGAUCACUGUAGACUCAGUCACAGGUGAAAUCCGACUUGCUAAAAAUCUUGAUUACGAAUCACCUCAUGUAGUAAAUGGUACCUACACUAUCACCAUGUUGGGUGUAACUACUGAUUCCCCAAGGAAAACAAUCACUGGCACAGUUGUCAUUCAAGUUAAAGAUGAGAAUGAUAACUGCCCAGUUAUUGUGAACCCUGUGCGGACUGUGUGUUCAGAUGCAAAAUUAGUUGAUGUUACAGCUCAUGAUUUGGAUAGUUACCCAAACAGUUAUCCCUUCAGCUUUACUGUCAUUGAUGAACCAGAAGGAACAGCAGCAAAAUGGAUAAUUGCAUCUGGAAAUGACACCAGCAUACAACUGGUACCACAAAACCUGAAGCCGGGCAGAACUGAAGUUCCCUUACUAAUAAAGGAUUUCCAAGGGGUCAGCUGUGCUCUGCCACAGUCUCUGAAGAUGACUGUUUGUGAGUGUGCAGAUGAUGGCGUGUGCCAGGAGAGGUUUGUUGGCACAAAGUCAGUGGGUCUGGGACCAGCAGCGGUUGCACUAAUCAUCUUGGCAUUUUUACUUUUGCUGCUCGUUCCACUGUUACUGCUGCUGUGUCCGGGUGGCUUGGGAGCAAAGGGAUUUGGUGGAGCAAAGACUUUUGCUGACAUACCAGACCACAGUGAAGCGAUGUUGCGUCAGUGGAACAGUGAAGGAGCAGCUCCUGAGGAGAAGCCUGUGCUAAGCUUCAUUCCACCCACUGCACUUGGGAACUUGAAAGGAGGGACAACAGCAGCAGCGGCAGGAGCAACAGCAGGAAUGAGCGGAGAAGAAGCUCUAGUAGGAGCAGGCAGCUCUGCCUCUCACGUAGGAGAGCAUCACAACACUAUGACCAGGGAAAGAUGGGAAGAGCAAAGGCGUCUCCUUUCUGCUGCCGACUAUGGAGCCAUGGCAGCUGGAGCAGCUGAAGGCAUGGCAGGUGUAGACAGCAAGACAGUCGUGUCUGGAGGAGGAGCUGCUGUGGGAGCGGCUGGAGCCAUGAAUGAAGAAUUCUUAAGAGACUACUUCAACGAUAAAGCUGUCUCUUUUGCGGAUGAAGAUGAGGAGCAAGCUGCAAAAGACUGUCUCCUGAUUUAUUCCCAGGGAGAAUCAGGCUCCCCUCAUGGCUCCGUUGGCUGCUGCAGCUUUAUUGAGGGGGAUUUUGAUGACCAUUUUCUUGAUGAUUUAGGAGACAAGUUUAAGACUCUAGCAGAAAUAUGUAUAGGUAGACAGAUCAAUAUGAAAGAUGGUGGCUACAAGAAUGAAUCAGGUUUUGGUCUUAGUGAAGCAAAGUCACAGUUCUUACAUCAGCAAAAUGCUUCCACCUCUGAACAAGCCUUUGCCUCAAGCAGUGGUUUCCAGUCCAUCCCACCCAUGCACACAGGCAGUGGCACAGGAGAAAGCACCCUAUCCAAAGAGGUGGUCACAGAAACAACUUUCUCAUCGUCCCAUUCUGGGCAUCACAAUGCCCAGCACCUCCCCACAGGCCACGCGGAGAGCAACGUCACCGUGACGGAAACAUCCUAUUCUGUGGGGGCUCCUGCCCGCUCGGGCCCUGUCUUUUUAGACCCUCAGUUUAAGGAGAAUGUAGUGGUGACAGAGAGAGUGCUGGCACCUGCAUCAAGCAUUCAGGGGAUGGUGAAAAUCCCUGAUUUGCCACACGGAAGUAACGUGGUGGUUACAGAAAGGCUGGUGAAGUCAGCGGGUGCAGGGCCAGGAGCCCUGGCAGUUCAGGAUCUUCCUGACUCACAAUAUGUCGUAGUGAGGGAGCGAGAGAGGGUGCUUGUGCCUGCUGCAGAGCAGGGCUCGCUCAGCUUCCCCGCUUCGACAGAGGAACGCAGCACAGUGCUGAAUGAAAGGGUGGUGACAGCCUCGGGGCUGCAGAGCAGAGCUGCACAGGCAAUGGGUGCCAGCUCAGGAAGGCAAGAGCAUGCUCUGAUCACAGACUCCCCACUUAACUUGAUGGGCUCUGACUUACAAGGGCCACCUCCUGCCAGUGCCACACUCAGCAAGUCUUCAAGGGUCACUAAAUACAGCACAGUGCAGUACACUAGCUCUUAGCCUGGCUCCAUGCAGAGGGUGGCAAUGUCCAGCACCCUUCUGUCUGCGUGCAUCCUGCCUCGGGCUUUUCCAUGAGAUCCAAAUUUGCUAGAGCUUCCAGAAUGGCAUGUACUCAUUUGCACUAGUUUGUAUAAAUAUGGAUUAUAUGACCACGAAGCAAGUAAGGAAAUCUGGUGUUAUGUUACAUUGGCAGGGAUGCCUUUGAAAUGGAAAGAUAUAGGAAAUAUUUUUUUUCCUGGUUUGCUAUUUUUUUAAAUUGCUUUUUAUUAUACAGAUAGUGUAAGAACACCACAUAACCAGAGCUGCAUAAUUAUGGGAAAACAGGAAAAAAGUGUCCAAUCUAGUGAUGGAUAGUAGCCUGCAAAGCACAAGCAAAGUUUUUGAACUAUUGCUAUUGAGUGUAUCUGAAGUCCUCCUGUGAGGGCAAUCAGUUUCUCAUUGUGUUUUUGCUGUUGUGUUGUUGACCAUGGUAUCUCCUCCUGAACCUUGCUAAGAAAUCUUCCUGAGAAGCCCAGGCCACCAAAGUUAGUAUGCCUUCAGAGCAGCGGUGUGUUGACCUCCUGAAGGGAUGUCACAAUUUCAGGUUAUCAGAAUUUCUAACUUCAGCAAUCAAUACUUGCAUGUUACCACAGCAGUUAAAGAGAGCAAGUAGCAAAAAAAGCUGAGAACUGCAAUUUUUCAUUACCUCAGUCUAAAAGUUCUAUUACUUAGGGUGGGUCUACACUGACAUGGACAAGUAAGCAUCGUGCACAUUUUUCACUUUAUUUAACUUAUGAGAAACAGUCAAGGCUUACCUUAGCCUUAGAGCCAGAGAUUCAGUCAGUGGUUUUGUCAGCAAAGUUUACUGCCCUUGGACAUCUGUAGGAUCUGAUUUACAGGCACAAUUCAGUAUUUGGAAUUGGUUUUUUGAAUGCACAGACAUAGAAGGCAGCCUUGUGUGUGUGAGGUUCCACUAGUUUCAGUACCAGAGCUCAAGUGGCUGGUAUAGUGCUGUGUAAUGACAGCUUCCCUUGGCUGUGACAAGAUAACACAAAGCUCCCUUUAGCUCUGCAAUAUUUGAGUUUACUUUGCUUUCCUUGAAGUUUAUGUGGUAAAAGCAAGAGACAGUACUGCACUGUUUGGCAGUAUGUACAGAUAUAUAUGCACAUGUAAAUAUUUGUAUACCAUUUGGAACAUUUUGAAGUUAAUUUUAUACAAGAAAAAAUGUCCUACACUCCUUUUGUUUUCUCAGAGUAUUUUAGCUGAGGCAUAGGUAGCAUGUUUAUCUCAUACCAGUGAAAUCAGCAAGUUGGUCACAAGGUACUGCAAAGCCUGUGGACCUGCAGAACUUUCAGGUUGUCUCCAUCUCCUGGAGUUUUCCUGCAGCUGCAGUGUUAUGCUUUCCACUGAUGUGUUCUGCCUUUGGCUAGAAAUGCUCUCAGUGUGUUUAGUUUUACUAAUAGUAAAAGUUGCUUCAAAAAUAUAAAUACAUAAAGUAGGAACCAUAACUGUGGUCAGCCAUUACAUUAAGUGGAAUAGUAUUUCCAAACAUAUCAGACUCCCUGCUUGCUUGGACCUAUUGGUUAUUUAUCUCUUACACUACAUUUUUUAAAUACAUGUAUUUUUUUUCUCAGCAAGCCUGCAGUUCCAAGUGGUCACCACUUUUCUGACUUUAUUCUGAUAGAAUAUCUUUGUGGGUUUAUGCAAUUUUAAAAUAAAGAACUCUACUAUA